AUGCUCCAGCAUGCGAACCAGUUCGUGGAGGCCGAAGCCUGGACAGUGGGGAAGCGGCAGGAACACAAGAGGGAAAGAUCGGAGCCGGCUCGGGGGCAACUCCCUCCCGCGCCCAAACGCAAGCUCCACCGGCCUGACCCUCCCCUGCUAAGACCCCACCCACCUCCUGCGGGUGCAUCCCGGACGAAGAUCUUUCUCCAAAUUAGGGAAAGGGGACUGCUCAAAACCCCCUUCCCGAUGAAGAACCCGCGGGAGCUGGCCGACCAGUCCAAGUAUUGCUGCUUCCACCGCCAAAACGGACACGACACCGAGGAAUGCCGCGAGCUGUCGCGGCAAAUCUAUGAGCUCCGUCGUGAAGGACACCUCGACCCGCACGCUCAGACAGGCAGGGACCCAUCGCCCCGCCCGGACGGCCCCGUUGAGCGCCUCAUCAGCGUCAUCACAGGGGGCCCAGCGUCCGGCGGGGACAGCAUGUCCGGAAGGAAGGCGUGCGCCCGCUCGGCCAGGGAUGAGGAUCCCCGUGGAACCCCCGAUCCCCAGGUCGCAUUUCCCCCCGAGGGCGCUGAGCGACCAGAGCACGAUGACGCACUCGUAAUAAUGGCUAGAAUCGUCAAUGCCCAGGUGAGAAGAAUUAUGAUUGACACAGGAAGCUCGGCGGACGUAUUGUUUCACGAUGCCUUCCAGAGGCUGGGACUUGCGAAGGAGGCUCUGGAACCCGUCUGCUCGGACCUCACUGGGUUCACUGGCAACUCGAUUUCACCAUUAGGAGCCGUCAUGCUGCCUCUGACUCUGGGAACCCCGCCCAGGACCAAAACGGUGAUGUCCACUUUCCUGGUAGUGGAUCUCCCCACAGCGUACAACGCCAUCCUUGGCCGACCCUCCCUCAACAAAAUCAAAGCUCUAGUCUCCACUUACCACCAGACCGUGAAAUUCCCGACCCACGCGGGAACAUGA